AUGUGCUGUUCCUAUUUUUCAGAAUGUCUUGCCAAUGCUAGGGUCCUAGUUACUGGCGCAAGCACUGGCAUUGGUGAAGAAAUAGCAUACCACUAUGCCAGGGCAGGAGCACACCUCUUAUUAACAGCAAGAAGGGAAGAUGCUCUGCUCAAGGUGAAAACCAAGUGCUUGAAGCUUGGAGCAAAGAGUGUUUCGCUGGCCCUUGCUGACAUGGCCUCAUCAGAAGCUCGUGAAAAAGUGAUGGAACAAGCUAUAACUGCCCUGGGAGGUUUGGACUAUCUGGUGCUAAACCACAUUGGCUCAAGUCCAUUUCAAAUGUGGGAUGGAGAUGUCCAGUAUACAAGGUGGCUAAUGGAGGUAAACUUUCUCAGCUAUGUCCACCUUGCCACCAUGGCUCUCCCCCACUUGACAAAAUCAAAUGGCUCCAUUGUUGUUCUGUCCUCUCUUACAGGUAAAGUUGCAACCCCAUUUACCAGUUCAUAUGGUGCAACAAAGUUUGCAUUGGAAGGUUUCUUUGGUUCUCUGCGACAUGAACUAGCCAUGAAAAAUGUACCCGUCUCCAUCACGCUGUGCAUCCUUGGCCUUAUUGAUACCCAAUCCGCCAUGGAAAAAGUCAAAGAUAAGAUCUCCAUGCCUGCCUACCCUGCCCAAGAUGCUGCCUUUGCAGUGGUGUCUGCUGGGACCAGCCGUGUGUGGGAAAUGUAUUAUCCUUGGUAUGUAAGACCCAUCUGCUUCAUCAGAGACUGGUUUCCACAGGGCAGAGACUGGAUGAUACAGAGGUCAUACCAACAAACAUCUGAUGAGAAGCAAAGUGUAUAA